AUGUUUCCCAACAACGUGCCUCUUACUACCUUCAUCAUUCAAGUUACAUUGUUCUGUCAAUUUUGGCUUCACCUUUUUCAUUUACAUUCCCAAGGCUGUUCGUUUAUUGCAUUCACCACUUCGCUCCACUUUACAAUCUACGAGAUGUUCAAAAUCAAGACCCUACAGGCGCUUGCAUUUCUCCUUUCCGUUGCCCGUUCUGCGGUCCUUCUUCGUGAUGUCGCCCCUCGACAGAACGCCCAAGGCGACGUAAUCCGUAUGAUGAAGUGCGACAACCUGUUCGAAAUCAAGCCGGAUGUUGGGGGUUGGGAGCAAGGUCAGGCAGCAUACUGGUUGCGGGAAAUCGAUGCUACGCCCCAACCCAAUGAUCGGGUAAUCUUUGACAUGUACACAGCAACAGGAGAUUACUUCUACAACGGUGCUAACAAGCAUUACGAAGGCACUUCUAAAGGAGGAAACGCUUUUUUUGUCAAUUUUGAUGACCCAGGCCCACUCAGGCCUCCAGAUGGGACCCCGGUUGGGCAAGCCGUAUUCCUCACCAGGCCUUACAACUGUGUGACCGAUUUCACAUUCCAAUAUAGUGAUAGCCAAGUUCUGGAAUGCAGUGGUGAGGGAUGUGCCCGACUAUCCGACGCAGACGUAGUUGAAAACUCGUAUGCAGCUGUCGCAAAUGCAUGCAGAAUGGGUAGGCGAGUCGACAAGGUAUUGAGAUCCAAACAAGGUGAAUUGUACCAGUGUAUUAAAGGAGCUAGCCCUAAUGAACACGUGCGACAGAGGAGACGUAAUUGCAUGGGUACCGUACAGGCCACAAAAUAUUCCGAGUGUCGUCUCCUGUAUUUUUUGACAUGGGUAAGUUGGUCACUCCCAGGUGGCAUUUUACAUCAGCAACUAAACCUAGUAGCAACUACACUCGUCCCUACCGUAAACUCAGGCGUGUCUCAGGCCGUUAGGUUGCUUCGGCUGGUGUUGGCUGCUCCUAACUCUUGUGGACGGACUGUACACCCGCGCUACGAAACUACCCUACCGCCCUCGUCACCCAAGAUUCCUCCGGCCCGCGUGCUGAACGGUAUCUAG